AAUGGGCCGACACACUAUUAAAUAAAUAAGGCCCAAAGAUUAAGCGCGGCAAAUAACUGAAAGUCUGGAAAGUACAAGAAUAUCCUACAAAUUUCUCUGUUCUUCUUAACCUUACCUCUGUUUUCCACUUUUCCUCCAUACUAGAAGCUGUUAGAAUGAUCCGAUUAAUUCAAAGUAAUUUCCAGACACUUCAUACCAUCAUCUAUAAAUAUCACUUUCUCUUCUCUAUCAUCAACAAAACACAGAAAUUUGCAGCAUUCAAGAAUUCUCAUAAAUUCUCAAUACUCUAAAUCAAAUAUUCAAAUUAUUUUCUAGUAAUUACACAAAUCAAUUGAUAUUACAAUGUCGCUAAUUCCAAGCUUCUUCGGAAACCGACGCAGCAGCAUCGCCGAUCCCUUUUCCCUCAAUGUCUGGGAACCCUUCCAGUCUCUCACCACCGACCGCGAAACCGCUGCUUUCGCCAACGCUCGAAUUGACUGGAAGGAGACACCCGAGGCGCACGUGUUCAAAGCCGAUCUUCCUGGUGUUAAGAAGGAAGAGGUGAAGGUUGAGGUGGAAGACGGGAAAGUGCUCCAGAUCAGUGGAGAGAGAAACAAGGAGCAAGAGGAGAAGAAUGACAAGUGGCACCGUGUCGAGCGGAGUUCUGGAAAGUUCUUAAGGAGGUUCAGGCUGCCGGAGGAUGCGAAGAUGGAGGAGAUCAAGGCUAACAUGGAGAAUGGUGUUCUUACUGUCACUGUUCCCAAAAUGGAGGUUAAGAAACCUCAAGUUAAGUCUAUUGACAUCUCUGCUGCUUAAAUGGGGGCUUAAUCAAGAUUAUUGUGAUGCGAUGAUGAGUGUUUAGUUAUAUAAUCUUCUUUUAAUUGUGUGUUUUCUUACAGUCUUUUCAAAUAAAUGUGUACAUCGGUUGUUUGUAAGGAGCUAUCAAUAUAAUGAAGAAAUAAAAUUGGUUUGAUUUUAAAAUUGUUA